UCCGGUUCUCUCUCCACGAUCGUAAUUUGGCCCACGGUUACAGUCAGCCAGUCAGUCAGUCAGUCAGUCAGUAAGACAGCCAGUCAGUCAGGGCUCCCUCGUGUCCAAUCUGCACGGCGCUUUUUUUUUAAGGAGAAAACAGAAACAAGGCGUUUAAUUUUCGCCUCCGACUGCUCCUCUCCAUCCCCUGCAGCCUCCGUCACGGAGGUCCCGCAAGGUGACAGCUGCUCUGCUCCUCUACCUGCACACGGAGAGGAAGAAGAGUCUGUCCUCCCCCCGACCUGACAGACUCCUGACCACGCCCCCUGGUGCUAUAGCCCCGCGCCUCUGGAAGGAUGAGUUCCGCCCCCCACUGCCCCCACCCGUACCCCAACCCGCAGCCCCCUGGGGGGGGGGACCUGCUGGAGGAGCUGCAUCUCAUCGCCGCCCACAACCUGGAGACCCUGGAGGUGGGGCGCUUCUACGAGGUCCUGAGGCAGCUGGGGAAGGGGACCUACGGCAAGGUGGACCUGGUGGUGCACCGAGUCCGAGGCACCAAGAUGGCACUGAAGCUGCUCCGUAAGAAGACGACCAAGCUGAAGUCCUUCCUGCGGGAGUACAGUGCCUCGCUCUUCCUCUCGCCCUGCCCCUUCAUCAUCAGUACGCUGGGCGUCGCCUUCCAGACCGACGACCACUACGUCUUCGCCCAGGAGUUCGCCCCCGCCGGGGACCUCUUCGACAUCAUCCCCCCGCAGGUGGGGCUACCGGAGGGCGUGGCCAAGCGCUGUGUGCACCAGGUGGCGAUGGCGCUGGACUACCUCCACAGCCACCGGCUGGUGCACCGCGACAUCAAGCCCGAAAACGUGCUCAUCUUUGACCGCGAGUGCCGCAAGGUCAAGCUGUCGGAUUUCGGCAUGACGCGGCGCGCCGGCUCCCCGGUGAAGCGCGUGACGGGCACCAUCCCGUACACGGCGCCCGAGCUGUGCGGCGACGCGGCCGCCCCGCCCGACGCGGCGCUCGGCGUGGAGUACAGCACCGACGUGUGGGCCUUCGGCGUGCUGCUCUUCUGCAUGCUCACUGGGAACUUCCCCUGGGAGAAGGCGCUGCCCGCUGACGUCUUCUACGACGAGUUCUCCCGCUGGGAGCGGCGGCGGGGCGGGGCUGGCGGCGUGCCGUCCCAGUGGCGCCGCUUCUCCGACCCCGCCCUGCGCAUGUUCCGCCGACUGCUGGCCGCCGAGCGAGACCGCCGCUGCUCUGUCAAGGAGGUGUUCAGCCACUUCAACCACGCCUGGAUGCUGGAAGCCAGCCCCGCCCCCACAGGGGGCGGCCCCGGGAAUGUCACCGGGAAUGUCAAUGGAAAUGGCACCGGGAGCGUCACCAGGAACAGCACCGGGAGCGUCGUCGGGAGCAGCCCCGGGCCUGUCGGCCCCCCCGGUAGCGGGGGUGUCGUGGCGGGCGUGGGGUUCCCCGUGGAGUUCAGCUCCUCCUCGUCGGAGGAGGAGGUGCUGGUGAGCAGGCUGAAGCACCAGAGUCUGACUCCUAUGGCCGUGGUGAAGGGAGGCGUGCUGGUGGACAAGCGCUACUCCUCCUCCUCCUCCUCCCUGUCCGUUGGUGGCUCCGCCUCCUCCGCCAGCAGCUAUGAGCGCACCGGUCGCGACGCCAGCGGCCGCAUUCUACUGGCCACCCCCAUCGAGAUCUGCGUGUAACGAUGGGGUUGUUUGGUUUAGUGUGUGGUGUUUAGGGCGAUGUCACGUGCACUCACACAUGCACGCACGCGGAGGCACGCACGCCGCCCAGCGCUGGAGUCUGACGAAGAGGAGGAGGAUGAUGAUGUUUUGCCAUUUAGGAAGAGAGGACACCAGUGCAGGCAUUCCGGUUGCCAGGGUUACGGAGCUUCGGAGCAGCUACGGCCACGCCCUUCUUCAUAUUGCCAAAGUGUUUGUCGUUCAUCGAUCGUUUCCGAUAUCGAUCGAGAGAACGAGUCUUUGCGGUGCUGUACAGAGAAGAACGAAGAGACAAUCCACCGAGAGAUGUGAAUAAACACUUUACUGACAGCGAACUGACAGCCAAUCACUGAGACUGAGAGAGAACGCGCCCAGCUUGGGUUCAACAGAACCUCAGCAGCGAUGCAGCAACAUUCUGUGACGACAUCACAACAUGUAGACCUGUCUGUAUGCAUCAGGCCUCCAGUUUUGUACAACUCAUGUAGGCCGACACAGAGGUACAUUCUGGUUACCAGUAGUGACAGAAGAGACUAUGGGUUGUACAAAUUUAGAACAUACACAUUUUUGUUAAUUUAUUUUAAUUGCUUAUGAUUUUUCUUUUUUUACAUAAAUGGUGUUUUGUUAUCGUUGUCAUUAUCAUUCGUGUUUGGAUGGAAUUGUUCAUUUGAGUAAAAGUCAAAUAUAAUUAAAUGGGUUUUAUUGAGUGGCAGUUAAGAUUUAUCUGCUGUUUUUGCUGAUGGAUUAGUAGCUGCUGUCAGAGGCUUUAGAAGUAGAUUUAUCUCAGUUACAAAAAACUACUUUAAUUCUUGGCAAGUAAAAAUAAUAAAUACGAAAGACGGAUGGAUAUAAUAUGUGAAUAUUUGAAAACUUGAAAAUAACUUGAAUUUAAUUUAGAAUAUUUCAGCCCACAAUUUAAUGUACGUGUGUGCAUUACUGAACUGAUCAUUGUUUUAAACAAAAACCAAGCUAAUAAUGGUCAGAUACAGUGGUAUCCUGAUUACUUAUACUUUUCUUACUUAUUAUGUAUUUAUUAUUUAGUACCGUGAAGUUGGUUUGGAAGUAUGAUGGCGAAUCGUGGGAAAGUAAUGCAGGGAACGGAGAAUUAGUGGAAGAGUAUUUUCUCUUGCUCUCAUUUUUUUUUGCAUGUGAUUGAUUUUGUUCUGGUGGUUUAACAGUUGAGAUGAACAUGGCUGGAGUCUGAACUUAACCUGCCUGCAAUCCUGGCUACACAAUAAUACGUUGUAUAUGGUAAGAUUAUAUGAUUUUAAAGGUUUGGUCGCUGAAGGAUUCAAAUUGGAUCAUUUUUAUUCUUCUUUUGAUCGUCUCGUUUCCUAUUGGUUCAUUUCAAUGUUGUAAUUUAAUCGUUAUAAUCGUGACGUUCCUGUGUGGUUUGUACCCAGCGUACAUUGCCAGGCUGUUCCCGACUUUAAACGCUCGACUUGGGACUUGAAUAACUGUGUUGUUGUUGUGGUCUGUGUAUAAAGAUGAAAGCAGACACAAUGACUGAUUGCUUCUAAAAAUCACACAUAAUGGGCGAGAAACUUUUUAAAAUAAGACGACAGACAGAUGAAGCUGAGAUUAAAUAAAUAACACUGUGCUAUAAAAAGAGGGAGGGUUCUUUUUCUGGGGUGUGGAUGAUUGCUGUUUAUAGAGACAGGGAAUGACUCCAUAAGCCACAUCCAUCAUUGUCUACGCUUGUUAACUGUAUAAUGUUAUUCUAAACGUGGAGGUUUACAGUGAGGACAGGAACAGCGUCUCAGAAUGUAAAAGCACCAGGGUCAAAGUUCAAUGUUGUGGCCUGGUACGUAAAGGUAGAAAACGACUAAUUUGUGUUG